AUGGAUUUGGAUAAGUAUGAGAAAAAUGAAGAUAGCGAAGAUUAUGACGACGACGAAUAUGACGACGAUGACUAUGGUGAUGAUGGGGAUGAUGGGGAUGAUGGUGAUAAUGGUGAUAAUGGUGAUCAUAAACUACCAUUUACAAUCGAUUUUAACGAUCCAUUUGGUUUAAAUAAUAAUGGUAAUAAAACUUCGACCACUACAAACUCCAUUACAAGCAAUAGUAAUAACGAAAGUCUUAAUCAAUUUAAGUCUUAUGUUAUACCAUCAACAGCAAAUCUUAGCAAAACCCUUGAACAAUUAGAAAGUGACAAGGUUUUUCUCGAACAACUACACAAAAAAUUCUCUGAUCAAUUAGAUCGUUUAAAAGUAGAUAUAAAACAAUCUUCACAUAUUUAUAAAUUGAUUGUUUACUAA